GAGCAAUAAUCAAAUCCUUUCAAAAGCAACCCCGUCUUUUAGUAGCAGCUCAUUAAUCGCCCGUUUCGCCAUCGCCUCAAGUACAAACCGACCGCCCCGUCGUUCCUCCCAAUGCUCCGCACCCGGACCCGCCCUCGCCCACGCGCACGCCGCGCGCCCGCGACGCCGUAGCAGCGCGCGCCGUCGAGUGGUGGGGCUAGGAUCUGCGUCGAGUGAUGAGAAAGGCAGCGUCGACGGCGAUGGCGGGGGCGGGGGCUACCUUCCGCCGCCGCGCGAUGGAGGGGCUGGCGACCGUGCUGCUCCUCUACGCGCUCCUCGUGCUCGCCCUCGAGUCGCCGCUCGUCUCCACCUCGCCAUUCGGUGGCGCCGCGGGCGGUACAGCGCGGAAGCUCCACCUCUCCUUCGGCGCGGGCGAGCGCGCGGCGCCCGUCCCCGGCGCGUCGGCGCACGGGCAGGAUCAUCGGCUCUCCCGCUUCGCCUCCGGCCUCGACGUCCGCCUCCUCGACUCCGCCCGCUCCGGCGCGCUCCGCCGGUCCAUAGCGGACGCCGUCGCGGCGGGCGCCCGCGCGUUCUCCGACCUCGAGGCCCUCGACCCCGCCGCCGUCGCCGCGCCCUCCGGCGAGAGCGACGCGGCCAGGUGCCCGCACUCGAUCGCGCUCACCGCGGAGGAGCUCGGCGCGCGGGGCCGCGUGGUGGAGCUGCCCUGCGGGCUCGCGCUGGGGUCCCACAUCACGGUCGCCGCGACGCCCCGGGCGCCGCACGAGGAGCGGAACCCCGCGAUCGCGGUGCUCAGGGACGGGGAGCGGCACGCCAUGGUGUCUCAGUUCAUGGUGGAGCUGCAGGGGCUCAGGGCGGUCGACGGCGAGGACCCGCCCCGCGUGCUCCACUUCAACCCGCGCCUCCGCGGGGACUGGAGCGGCCACCCGGUGAUCGAGCAGAACACCUGCUACCGCAUGAGCUGGGGCGCCGCGCAGCGCUGCGAUGGAUGGAGGUCACGCCCGGAUGAGGAGACUGUGGAUGGGUUGGUCAAGUGCGAGAAGUGGAUUAGGGACGAUGAUGACAGGUUGGAGAAAUCGAAGACAACAUCAAAGACGGCAUGGUGGCUGAAUCGGCUGAUCGGGCAGAAGGAGGAGGUCAAUUUCGGUUGGCCAUUUCCUUUCGUGGAGGGCAGGCUCUUUGUUCUUACUCUCAGUGCUGGGUUGGAGGGUUACCAUGUGAGCGUUGAUGGGCGACAUGUCACUUCGUUUCCUUACCGCACUGGGUUUGUGUUGGAGGACGCUACAGGCCUGUCACUGAAUGGGGACCUAGAUGUGCAUUCAGUGAUUGCAGGGUCUUUGCCCACUACACACCCAAGUUUUGCGCCACAUAAUUAUCUGGAGUUUUCUAAUGUUUGGCAGGCUCCUCUGCUGCCUGAUGAGCCAGUUGAGAUUUUCAUUGGCAUUCUGUCAGCAGCCAAUCAUUUUGCUGAACGUAUGGGUGUGAGGAAGACAUGGAUGUCUGCUGUCCACAAGUCACCAAACAUGGUGGCUCGUUUCUUCGUUGCACUGCAUGGCAGAAUGGAAGUGAAUGCGGAGUUGAAGAAGGAAGCUGAAUUUUUUCGGGACAUUGUUUUUGUGCCCUUCCUGGACAACUAUGAUCUUGUUGUUAUGAAGACUCUUGCAAUAUGCGAGUAUGGGGUUCAUGUUGUCUCUGCUAAAUAUGUAAUGAAGUGUGAUGAUGAUACUUUCGUGAGACUUGAUUCAGUAGUCACUGAAAUUAAGAAGGUACCAGGUGGGAGAAGUCUUUACAUGGGGAGUAUGAAUAUACAACACAAGCCACUACGCCAUGGGAAAUGGGCUGUAACCUAUGAGGAGUGGCCACAAGAGGUGUAUCCGUUAUAUGCAAAUGGCCCUGGAUAUGUUAUAUCAUCUGAUAUUGCUGAUUUUAUCAUGUCAGAAUUCAUGAAGCAAAAGUUGAUGCUCUUCAAAAUGGAAGAUGUGAGCUUGGGUGUGUGGGUUGAGCAGUUCAAUAAGACAAGACCCGUUGAAUACGUUCACAGCGACAAAUUUUGUCCAAAUGGAUGCGUCCCUGACUACUAUACUGCUCAUUACCAAUCGCCAAGGCUAAUGCUAUGCAUGUGGCAGAAGUUACUGGAAGGAAGACCAGACUGUUGCAAUGCGAGAUAACAAUGAUGGCGUAGUUCAAAAAAGAAGAAGAAAACAACAAUUACAGAAUGAGUAGCAUUUGACCAUCAUCCAUAGAGCCAGUCUCAUGUAAUCAACAAAUUAGGUUAUAAAGUAAUCUGCAUUACAUGGGAUUAAUUCAUACAUCUUCAUGGUAGUUUAUAUCCUCCUUGAGUCAUGCAACUGAUCCUACCUAGUCACAACAGUGGGCAAGCCAGCACACUAAUAAUUGUGCUCUGUGCUCUCUUUGAGCGCCCAAACACAUAGGUAGAAGUUGGCAGGUGCUCUGGAGAUGCCCGGGGACUUAAUUUGGAAAUAUAGAGAGUCGAAAUAGUUCAGUUAAGUUAUUACUGUUUCCAGAAUGGCUUUAAGGUCUGGUUGUAGUUGCAGCUAAACACAUCUGGUUAACAGGGCAACCUUCAAGAUUUCAGUCAAUUUGUUUAACGCAUUA